AUGGCCAUCUCUAGCACGACUUCCCUGCCGGAGCAGGACGUCAUCAUCGUCGGGGCAGGCUUUGGUGGUUGCUAUGCGUUGCACUCCUUGCGCGAACAAGGCUACUCGGCCAAGAUUCUGGAUGCAUGCGCCGACUUUGGUGGUGUCUGGCACAUCAACAGGUAUCCCGGCGCGCGCGUGGACUCGGAGACGCCCACCUACCAGUUUUCCACUCCCGCCGUUCGUGACGAGUUUGACUUUUCCGAAAAGUAUCCGUCGAGCACGGAGAUGCGCCGGUACUUCUUGCACAUGGCGGACAAGCUCGACUUGCGCAAGGACACCCUCUUCAACCAGCAGGUGAUUGACACCAGAUAUGACGACGAGAAGAAGAAGUGGGUGUUUAAGACGGAGCAGGGCCUGGCGGUGCAGUCGCGCUUCGCCGUCUUCGCGACGGGCUCCAGCAACAAGGCCUUCAUACCCGAGUUCAAGAACAAGGCGGCCUUCAAGGGCCAAAUCAUCCACCCCAAGGCAUGGCCCGACAACGCCGACUUUACCGGCAAAAGGGUCGGCAUCAUCGGGCAAGGCGCCUCCGGCAUCCAGAUCGUGCAGGAGCUGGCCAAGACGGACUGCGAGCUGACCGUCUUUGUGCGCACGCCGCCGCACUGCCUGCCCAUGGGCCAGCGCCGCAUCCCUGUCGAGGACUCGGAGCGUGAAAAGAGCUACCUCGACAGCGUCUUCCAGUACGCCAAGUACAGCAGCGCGACCGGCUACCAUUGCAACGCCGGGCCUGGCCCGCUCUACAAGGACCACACUCCCGAGCAGAGGCGCGCGCUGUGGGAGACGCUCUGGCAGCGCAAGGGCUUCCUUUUCCUGUCCGGCCUCAACUACGCCGACAUGCCUAGCAACGAAGAGGCCAACAGGGCCGCUUUCCGCUUCCUGGCCGAGAAGAACCGCGCGCGCAUGACAGACCAGGCCAAAAUGGACAUCAUCGCCCCGCUGGACCUCGACGUCUUCCUCUACACGCUGCGCCCGACCCUCGAGCAGGACUACUACGAGAUGAUGGACCGCCCAAACGUGCGGCUCGUCAGCCUCAAGUCCUCGCCCAUCGCCAAGUUUGCCGAGACUGGCAUCGUCACCGACGAUGGCAACCAGCAGACGCUGCACGAGCUCGACGUCAUCGUCUCCGCGACCGGCUACGACGCCGUGACGGGCGCGCUGCACGACAUGAACAUCCGCGACCGGCACGGCAUGCUGCUGCAGGACAAGUGGCGCGACGGCAUCUUCUCCUACCUGGGCAUGCUGGUGCCCGGCAUGCCCAACGCCUUUGUCCUGUACGGCCCGCAGGCGCCGACGUCGCUGGCCAACGGCCCGCCGUUUCUCGAGCUGCAGGCCGAGUUCCUGGUGCGGCUGCUCGCGCGCGCCGCGGCGGACGGCAGGGCGGAGAUUGAGACGACGGACGCGGCGGCACAGGACUGGCGCGUGCGCACGCGCGAGGUCUGGGAGAGGCUGCUCGCGCGGCACUGCCAGAGCUGGUGGGUGGGCGCCAACGUCCCCGGCAAGACGCGCGAGCCGCAGAUAUGGUUCGGCGGCCUGGAGGCGUGGCGGCGCGCCUGCGACGAUGCGCUGAAGGACUGGGCAAACUUUGUGUAG